UUUUUAUUGCUUUGUCGUGCACGUAACGGUGAACGAUAUCGAUCUUGAAUCUGACAAGGACUCGAUCAUUGUUGAACGGUUGGUAGUCAAUAAAACAUGGCAAGGACUCGAUCCAAGGGCUGGACCGGGAAUAAAAUUUUCCAUUUUCAGUUCAUUAAUUAAAUUCUACAUAAAGCGGCCCCACGUCUCUACCGGCUCAUUCGGAGUUUUCUCAAAAAUUCUGGCCACCGCUCCUGGCAGUUUGGAUAAGAAGUUAAUUAUAAAUUUGACAAACUUUCUUUGGCAACUUCCUAUGUGUUGAGGUUAUUCGAUGUGUAAACAGAGAAAACUCAUGGCAUAAAUUGUAAGGCAGAAAAUAUAUUUAAAUAGAAGUGUAAUUAUAAGUAAGAAUACUAUUUGAGCUGCUGUAGAUCCGCACGCUAGCUGUGUUACCCAGUAACUGAAAACCCCGGAAGCCAACGUCGCCUGUCUACUGUUUACGGUCUGACUUCGUCGCAGUCUUUUGUCUACGCGCUGUCGAUGGCUUCGGUGCUUGAGAAAACUAAAAAGACCAGAUGUAUAGUUUUCAACACUAUGUAAUUAUUUUCGCAGAAAGAAAUUAAUAAUUUGAUGUUCAAAUAUUUGACACAAAAAUUUCUUUGUAUUAUUGAAUUGCAUUGUGUGAAAUAGCGUCAAACGAAUAACAUUCUGACAGAUGUGUGAAUAUCUGAAAGGAAAUGAUAUUUCAAAAAUGUACAGACAACGAUUGAUCUAUUAUUAUAUUAAUCAUUAACAUGUUUAACCAUACAGACUUAAUGGCAAGAAUUAGAUUUAUCUUUCCAAGCUAUUUUUGAUGAUAAGGAUUAUAGAGAAGAACUAUACUUAAUCACGGUGAAAUAUGGUACAAAAUUGGCCACACGACACUAUUAAUACUUACUUGCGUUCUGUACAUAAUUAUGAAAUAUUUAUGUUUAAUAUCUUUUAUCUUGUUUUUAUGUAAUUUUACGAACACAUAAAAUUAUUAAUACACGUUCGCGUUCUCUGCCUUAUUAUAAAAUUUAUGUUUAAUAUUGUUUGUCUCAUUUGUAUUAUAUAACUACAACAUUUUCAUGAUAUAAUAUCUUAUCGUGAAUUAAAUAUUUUAAUUAAGACGUAUACGUUUUCUUAAUAUGAAUUUAUGAAACAUAGUAACACAGUAAGGAAUCUGCAGAGAAUAUUUAGUUUUCUUCUAGGCCAAAAUUUUUGUUUUAUUUCUAAAUAUCUUUGUAUUUUUUAAGCCUUAGAAUAUUAAACAUGAUCUCAAUCUGAUAACAGACUUUAGAAGAUUUACUUUAUAAAAAGAAAGGACCAAUCAAUAAGUUAAAAUAUUUGUAAAAAAUUUGAUUAUUACAAAAUUACUAAAAAAUAUGUAAUGCUUGCGAUAAGUAUAAUAAUUGUAAUACAGUUAAUAAUACAAGUUUUAUAGAUGUAGAAAUAAGGUAAAAAAGCGUAUUAGAAAAAAGGUUUAACUAGCUUCCAAGUGUUAAAUUAGUAUUAUUUCCACGUUGACUCUUAAUCGCAUCUAUUCGAUAAUGCCACCAUCUGGCCAAGGAAUAGAAGGACAAUGCUAAGUGGUGUUCAUUGUCCCAUUUUAUACUCAUACAAUAUGUAAAACAAUACGAGGUCCAACAACAAUUUCAUUUUUUUCGUAUUCUUUCAUUACAGUGGCAAUUAAUGGAUGCGAAUUACGUUAUCUGAUUUCAUCGACUUGUCAAGUACACACUAUCCCGGAGAUACUCAAUUAUGGGUCGUUGCAUUUGUAGCUUUAAAAAGUACAUGUAAAUUUAUCUUACGUAUUAUUGCGUGUUCAUAAAACAAAUAUUGAUAAUUCUCAUCAACGAUACCUGUACAAAAAUCCAUAUACAUGGAAGUGACAACGACGAAUAAAUAACUGCAUCUUGGCGAAGAAUAAAACAGGAGGAACAUAGAUAACAAAGAUAAAACGGAUAAAACAUAAGAAGUAAAAUAAUUUCAUUAACAACAUUCUAUCGAACGAUAUAAACUAACGAGUGUGUACGAUAAUAUAUUUAUAAAAUAAAAUAUAUGUUGACUUCCUUUUCUUCCUCUGUUUCUUCUUUCCUUCCAUUUUCUUUAAUUAAUAUAAUAUUACACGUGUACUUAUUUAUUAUAUAUAUUAUUGGAUAUAUUAUUGGAUAUAUUAUUGUAUAUACUACAUGUGUACUUAAACUUAAAUUUAGAUUGUAAGCAAGAUAUUGAUUAAUAUUUUACAUCAUAAUAUAAAAAAGAAUAAUAUCUCUAUAAUAUCCCUAAAAAAGAAUAAUAAAUCGCAGGAAAUAACAUUUCAAUGUUUAAUUCUCAUAUCUCAAGCGAACUGAAUUAAUAUGAAUUAUGCAGAUUAAUAUGAAUAAAAAAUUAUUCAAACUGGUUUGGGAAAUGACAGAAGUAAUUGAAGAUAUUUUGUCUCAAGUGCGGAGCACUUUCUUUAAGUUGAUGUCGACAACCUCAGGUUAUCUAUAUUUUGAAACGGUAUCUUCGAGGUCUUCGACCAUCGACAGGCAUCCGCUUGUUUGCAACCUUACGAGAAUUCUCAUUGUCCAUCCUGCAUGCAAAUGCGUCGCCCGUAUCUUUUUUCUUUUUUGUUUACACUUAUCUCACGUACAGGAUAUUUUUACCUGGCGCGGUUGCUCCCCGUUGUAUAUAAAGUCGCGGGAGGAUUCACUUGGGACGCUCACACCUGUCUUGUAUCUCGAAACCGUCAAGUUCAUUUCAGACGGAAAAGAAAGCGAUAUCGAUUAGUCUCCGGUUCAAAGUCGCCACGAGAAAGCGCAACUUUCCCGGUGGAACAUUGGCCGCGAAUCGAUCGCGUUGGAAAAUUCUGAAGCCUCGCUAUAUUUCUGUAAAUUAAACAUUUAUAAAUUAGAAUACUGACAGAGCUGUUUUAAAUCGCUUCGCCGUGCGUUAAAAGGAUAGUCGUGUAACAAAGAAAAAAUCGAUAAUGAAGGAUUACGAGUGACUGAAAAUUUCAGAAUAACAAAUGAUCGAAGAUAUUGGAGAGAUUAGAAAAAUUGGAAUAUCAGAGAACCGCGGAAUCGAAAGAUCGAGUCGAAUUGAUCAGAUGUUGAAUGUUUCUGAGACGCAUGGAUAAUACCAGAGACAGUGUUUAAGAUCCUAUGAUAAAUUUCCCAAAGUUUGAUAGGUUCUCUCUUCGUCUAAUUGUCGAAAUGAAGUCAAAUUCCACGACGCCAGCUAUUCUUCUACAUCUUCUUUUUCUUCUUGGAAGUGUUUAUGCCACUGACAAUGAGAAGAAACGAUACGAUGGUUAUAGACUGUACAAAGUUUUUGUGUCAGAUACUACGGGUUUAGAGUUGUUAAGGAACAUGUAUGACGACGAUGGUUACCAUUUGUGGCAUCCACCGACGAUAAACAACACCGCAGAAGUGAUGAUCGCCCCGGCAAAGAUCCAAGAAUUCAUGGAAAAAGUGAACACGUCGAAGCUUGAACCAGAAUUGAUGAUGGACGACGUGCAAAAGUAUAUCGACGAUGAGAAUCCUCGUGGCAAUGUAAGAGGUGGUUUCGACUGGCUCGGUUAUCACCGAUUGGAUUCUGUAAGACAUUAUUUUGUAUUAUUUUACUCGAUAAAUAGAAUUGAAAUAUUUUUAGAAUAUCAAUCCAUAACUUACAAUUUAAAUUUUCUCUGCUUUUUUCUUCCGUCGGUUCAGUUAUCAUUGUUUAUUUCACAAGUAAAAAUAUUUCGAAAUUACCAUAAGAAUUAUAAUAAAAUUUCGAAUGAUUUAAAUAAAGUAAUUAAUUUCAUCGUUUGUCCUUUUAUAAGGCAACGCAUUAUUGAUCGAACAACUUCCUUUCAGAUUUAUAGCUGGCUAGAUUCCCUCGUAACGCAGUAUCCUAAGAUAGUGAAACCAAUAACCGGUGGAAGUAGCUACGAAGGCAGGAGUAUCAGAGGAGUAAAGAUUUCCUACAAGGAAGGAAAUCCUGGUAUAUUUCUCGAAGGCGGAAUACACGCCAGAGAAUGGAUAUCACCCGCUGUCGUCACCUAUAUCCUCAACGAAUUGAUCCUUAGCGAUGACUCUCGUGUCAGAUAUACGGCGGAGUCGUACGAUUGGUAUAUUUUCCCUGUAUUCAAUCCUGAUGGCUACGAGUACACUCAUACUGUGGUAAGGACAGAAUUGUUCUUACUCGCUAAAAAGGAACACCAGAAUCGUCUAUGGCGGAAGACUAGAAGACCUUCCGGAAGGGGUUGUUACGGAGCUGAUCCGAACAGAAACUGGAAUUUCCAUUGGGCAGGUAAUUAUUCGUAUCUCGCACUUACUGCUGAAAAACGACGCUUCUGUUACGUUGCUCCUACCAAUAUUUUAGAGGGUGGUACCAGCCGAAAUCCAUGCAGCGAUAUAUACCCUGGUGACAAGGCAUUCUCUGAAACAGAAACAAAAACCAUGUCACGAUAUAUCGACAGCAUCCACGACAAAAUAUUCUCCUACAUAGCGUUCCACAGUUACAGUCAAUUGUUGCUCAUUCCUUACGGACAUACCAACAAGAGGAUCAGCAACUACAACGAUCUCUUCCAAAUUGGAAAUUAUUCCAUAAAUGCUUUGUUGAAGAGAUAUGGAACCCGAUACAAAGUCGGCAAUAUCGUCGACAUUAUAUACGUUGCAUCAGGAGGUUCGAUGGAUUGGGUGCGGGGCACCUAUAACAUUCCCGUUACAUACACUUACGAACUUCGAGACACAGGAAGAUACGGCUUUAUUCUGCCGGCAAGUCAAAUUAUACCCACUGCGAAGGAAACCUUAGACUCUUUGGUCGUUAUGUUCCAACAGGCUGCAAAACUUGGCUAUGGCACAUCCCCGAAUAACAGCACAUUGGUGUCGUGUGCAGGUAAAACGUUUAAAUACCAGGAUGGAAGUAGCGGCGGCACAAUUUCCUCUGGUGAUCAUACAGGGAAGAGUAUCAUGUGGAAAUUAAUUUUCGUGGCUUUGGUCGCUUUGGCGACAGCCGAGAAAGUAAGGUACGACAACUACAAGGUGUUCCGUGUCGUACCUCAGACUGAAGAACAGGUGGAAGUCAUACGCAACUUGGAAGAAGUUUCUGACGCGUUCUCUUUCUGGAAAGAGUCAAACGCCGUCCAGCACCCCACGGACGUGAUGGUUGCCCCACACAGAAUCCCCGACUUCCACGAGACCAUGAAGAUGUUCAACAUCCCCUACGACGUCUACGUCAGCGACGUUCAAGCUUUGAUCGACAGUGAAAUGCCACCAGCUCAACCUUUGGCUACGUUCGACUUGAACCGCUAUCAUACGCUCGAUGAAAUCUACGCUCAUUUGGACGAUCUGGCCAGAGCAAACCCCGGCAAGGUGCAAGUGAUCGUCGGUGGAAAAACGUACGAGGGUCGUCAAAUCAAAGGAGUGAAAGUGUCCUUCGGUAAGGCCAAACACGGAGUCGUGUUGGAGGCUGGAAUCCACGCUAGAGAAUGGAUCGGACCGGCUACCAUUCUGUACAUGCUCAACGAGCUUUUGACCAACAAGAAUGCCGAUGUCAGGACACUCGCUGAAUCUCACGACUGGUACAUCUUCCCUGUCGCCAACCCCGACGGAUACGUGUACACUCACACGACCAACCGUAUGUGGAGAAAGACUCGCAAACCAUACGGUAUCUUGUGCUACGGAAGUGAUCCUAACAGGAACUGGGGAUACAAAUGGAUGUCUGGUGGUGCUAGCAACCAGCCAUGCUCCGAAACUUACGCUGGAAGCUCUGCAUUCUCCGAUAUCGAAACGAAAAGUCUAUCGGAAUAUUUAACGUCGAUCUCUAGCAAAUUCUCUGCCUACGUUGCUUUCCACAGCUACUCUCAGCUUCUGAUGUUCCCCUAUGGUCACACCAAACAGCAUUUGGAAAAUUACGACGACUCUCUGCAAAUCGGCAAGAAAACGAUCCAAGCUCUUGCUAAGCGCUAUGGAACCAAAUACCAAACCGGAAACAUCGCCGAAACCAUCUAUGUCGCGAGCGGAAGUUCAAUGGAUUGGGUGAAGGGAACAUUCCACAAACCAGUCACCUUCACCUACGAAUUACGUGACACUGGUCGCCAUGGUUUCGUGCUUCCGGCUGAUCAAAUCGCCCCUACCACAUUGGAAACCCUGGACUCUUUAGUCGCUAUGUUUAAGGAAGCUAAAGCUCGAGGAUACGAAUAAGCUACAGACUGCAGAAUAAACUACGAACAAGAUUAAUCGAUAUAAAUAAACGAACGAAUUAAAACAAAUUAUAUAUAACGAAUAUUGUUAAAUUUUGUUUAAUAUAUUUAUAUCGUUGUCUUUA